CCUGCUACACCGCACACUAGCUGAGAAACGCUUGAAGCAUACACGUUCUAGUUCUUUAUACACACACUCGCUUGUACGAUAUUUGAAAAGUCGAUCAGCAUGGCCGCGAAAUACACAAUUACCUAUUUCGAUGCCGCAGGAAGGGCCGAGGUGACGAGACUGGCAUUUGCUGCUAAAGAAGUUGAGUUCAAUGACGUGCGACUGACAAGUGACGAAUGGAAGAAAAUGAAGCCAAGUGUGCCGCAGGGCCAGCUUCCUAUAAUGGAGGUAGAAUCAGGUGGAAAGAAGACUGUCAUCUGUCAGAGUGGCGCUAUGGCUCGCUUUGUGGCCCGUGAAUUUGGUCUGUAUGGUAAAAAUAACAUGGAGAAUUCCAUGGUGGAUGUUGCCUUGGAAACGAUAGAGGAUUUGUUCAAAGAACUCAUCAAGAUUUAUACUGCAAGUGACGAGAAAACGAAGGAUGAACUGAAGGCCGAACUUGGAAAAACCGUAGUCCCAAAAUUUGUAAAGAACUUUGAGGACAUGAUUGGAGGAAAGGACUGGAUCGUCGGCAGUGAUAUGACGAUUGCCGAUCUAGCAGUGUUCAGCUUGUUUAAGACCAUGCCGAGCAUGUUUGGCGAGGACUCAACCAAGUGUUAUCGUGAAAAUAAAAAUCUACAAGCGCACGCCAAACGAGUGUCUGAAAACAAGGGCAUCAAGAAAUGGCUGGCAAGCCAACCUGUGAAGAAAAGAUACUUGUGUGGUCUGAAGUAUUCCUAUGGUCGGCAAGGCCAACCUGUUGAUCCAGGAGUAGUGCAGUUGUCGCACCAUGAUACCCUGCAUGUUGGUUGUUUGUAUGUGGUUGACAAAACUGUGUUGGAGUCUGAAAUCCUUGGUUCCUCAGGUCUUCUGACUGCGGCUGUUGCUGGCAAGGUUGUAGGUGAAACGGUUGUACGUCGCCCACCAUCCACCAUGCCGAAGUACAAGGUAACAUAUUUUGAGAGUGCUGGCCGGGCCGAGUUAACAAGAUUGGCUUUGUGUGUAGCAAAGCAGCCAUUUGAAGAUGUCCGACUGAAGCCCGAGGAAUGGGCGUUACAGAAAGAGAGUACUCCACAGGGCAUGCUCCCAAUACUGGAAGUUGACGAACAUAUUAUUUGUCAGUCUGGCGCCAUGGUCCGCUACAUCGCCCGGGAAUACGGACUGUAUGGUAACGGCAAUACGGAGAACACUGAAGUAGACGUCAUCUUAGAAACCACCGAGGAUUUUGUCAAAGAUCUUAUCAAGUUUUUUUACGAAAAGGACCCGGACAAGAAAACUGAAGCUAUAAAGAAUUUCUUUGACACAACGUUACCGAAAUUUGUGGCGAUUUAUUAUGAGAUUCUGUGUAACAACAAUGGCGGCAACGGCUGGAUGGUUGGAUCGACUGUGACGAUCGCUGAUCUUUAUGUAUUCAGCAUUUUUGAUGGAAUCAAAAGUUUUUACGGCGAUGACGCGGUAAAGGCCUAUACCGGAAACGAGAAACUAGAGGCGCAUUGCAAAAGGGUAACGGAAAUUCCGGAAAUCAAGAAUUGGCUGCAGAGACGACCAAAGGAAUAAUAAUACAACUGUUAAAGGACUCGUAAGGAAUCAGAAAAUAUAAUAUCUAGCUGUACAUUGUAGUGUGUAUCGCUACCAUUGUAUGAGGAAUAACUCCAGAGAUCCGACUGUAUCCAAGUUGUGUCUUUUCAAUUUUACUCGGUCAAAUAAAACAUACCUUAACCCUGGGUCGAACAAAUAAUAA